UGCCACCUUGGAGAGCUUUUUAGAUGGUUCCCGAAGGCGUUUGAUGAAGGUGGUGUGAGGAGACCGCGUCAGAAGUCCUAGAUUCUCCUCGCAGUGGGAACCGGUUCAGAUUAUUCGUGCUUGUGGGGAAUUGACUAAGUAUUCUGAUCAAACGCGUGGUGUGAUCUUUGCAUUCCGUUGUCGUACCAGCUUCAAGUCAUGGUUGGGGUUACUUUCAAACAACCGCAUCCAGCGGACUGUCGGUACUGCACUUUCUGGUCCGUUCAUCGGUUUGGCGUUCCAGGUACCCCGCGGACCGUCAAGACUCCUCGGACGCCGAAGACUCCAAAGGGUAUACUGAAAUGUAAACACUUCUUUGGCAGCGAGGAGAAGGCGACUGCCCUUCAGACAGCUGGGAAGCAGCACAGAUUGACUGUUCCUGGAGAGGAACACCAGCAGGAUAAACCAGACACGUCUCGUCGAAAGUCCCUUUCCAGGACGCCCUCUGGGAAGGUCAAGAGGCGACCUUCGCAUUCAGCCCUGAGCGACGAAGUUGUUGCUCAAGAUCAGAAGAUCGCCGGCCAGCCCCUUUCCCCCACUGUAGCACAGAAGCCACCACAGGAACUGUCGCAAGAUUCAGUUGACCAGAAGAAAGAUAACCAGGCUGCAGUUGGGAUUACCCCCGAUAAACCACAGACCCCAAUUCUUACAGUGUCCUUUGGAGACGAAAACGUCAUUCCCGGCGAUGGCCCAAAAAAUGCCGAAAUGGGGGAUGGAGCUUGUUCUCAUGUCGAAGUGAAUGGAAAGGCCAAAACAGACUCCCUAGUCCAGAAUGGUCAAGACGUCGUCCAGCCUACGCUUUCCGUGGGCGCUCCCGAUGUUCCUGAAUCAAGUGCAGUUCUAGGUGUCCCCGAAUCGCAGGUGGUGGAACGCACCCCUGAACCGCAGAAGGGUGUUGCAGACAGUCCCGAAUCUCCGCAGGUCGUCGUAGACGUUCCCGAACCCCAGAAGGGGGUCGCUGAUGUUCCCGAACCCCAGAAGGGGGUCGCUGAUGUUCCCGAACCCCAGAAGGGGGUCGCUGAUGUUCCCGAACCCCAGAAGGGGGUCCCUGACAUUCCCGAAUCCCAAAAGUGGGUCCCUGACGUUCCCGAACCCCAGAAGGUGGUCGCUGACGUUCCCGAACCCCAGAAAGGGGUCGCUGAUGUUCCCGAACCGCAGAAGGGGGUCGUAGACGUUCCCGAACCACAGAAGACUGUUGCAGACGUUCCCGAACCGCCUAAAACCUUCCUAGAAGCCCCAGUGGCAGCCUUUCAAACUCCCAGGCUUUACCCAGAAUUCGUUCCAUUUGGAGUUGACGUCCAAUCAGAAGCCAAGGCUGAGGAACCAAAGGAAGAGGAAAAGAAAGAGGAGGCUGCCCCCGUUGCUGCCGCCCCAGCAGAAAAGCCCGAGGAAGCUGCUCCCGCCCCAGCCCAGGAGGAGAAGAAGGAAGCUGCCCCUGUAGUGGAAGCCCCCAAAGAAGAGGCAGCGCCUGUUAAGGAGGAUACAGCUCCAGCACCCUCUGAGGAACCCCAAGUCCAAGAUACUGCACCUGUAGAAGAAACUCCAGAAGCAGAAGCAGAGCCACUUGUAGUCAUUGAUAGUGCCCCAGUUGUUAAAUCAGAACCAGUUCAGGAGCAACUUGUAGUCAUUGAUAGUGCCCCAGUUGUUAAAUCAGAACCAGUUCAGGAGCCACUUAAUGAAUCAGAGCCUGCCCCUGUAGUCGAAUCAGAACCAUCCUUAGUUGAACCAGAGCCUGCCCCAGUUGUUGAAUUAGAGCCUGCCCCAGUUGUUGAAUUAGAGCCUGCUCCAAUUGUUGAAUUAGAGCCUGCCCCAGUUGUUGAAUUAGAGCCUGCCCCAGUUAAAUCAGAACCAGUUGUUGAGUCAGAGUCCGCCCCAGUAUCAGAACCAGUCGUUGAACUGAAGGCAGAACCACUUGUUGAGUUGGCUCCCACCCCAUUAGUUGAACUAGAGCCUGCCCCAGUUGUUGAAUUGGCCCCCAUCCCAGUUGCUGAACCAGAGCCUGCUCCAGUUAUUGAAUCUGCUUCUCCAGUUGAUCUAAGUGAGACAGUGCCUGUUGAAGCACCCGCUGCUGUUGAACCCACACCCGUCCAUGAAUCCGCGCCUGUUUUAGAAUCUGCUGCUUGUGAAGAACCAAAGGAAGAGGUCCCUGCUGCUGAACCUGCCACUGAACAGAUAGAGGAACCCAAAGUUGCUGCUGAAGAAGUUGCUGCUGCACCUGCUGAAGAGAAGAAAGAAGAGAAGGUGGAAGCUGCCCCUGCUGAAACAAAAGUCCCCGCUGCUGAACCUGUGAAGGAAGAAAAGAAGGCAGAGGUGGAGGAAACCGUUGCCACUACAGAGGCUCCUGUUGUAGAGUCUCAGCCAGAGCAGGGAGUCCCUGAGGAACCUGCCCAAGUCCAGGAGGAAUCCUCCCCUGCAGUAGAGAAGGCCCCUGAACCAGAGGUUACCCCUUCAGUAGCAGAAGCAGUUCCUGAGCAGGAGGCUGCUCCUGUUGUUCAGGAAGAAAGUGCAGCUGUUAAGGAGGAAAGUUCUACAGUUGAGGAAAGUACUCCAGUAAUAGAAAUAAGCACUCUUGCUAAUGAGGUUAGCACUUCUGUAGUACAGGAAAGCACUCCUGCUGAGGAACCUGCCCCUGUUGCGGAGGAAAGCCCUGUUCAGGAGCCUGCUCACAUUGAAGAAGUAACCACACCAACACAACAAUCCGAAAUUACUCCGUCCAGUGAGUUGACAACAGAACAGAGUGCAGAUCAGGAUACCACACAACAGGUUCAUGAGGCUGCUGCAAAUCCUGUAGCUAAACCUAAGACAGGAAAACAGAGGAAGGGGAAGAAAACUGAAGCUGAGGAGAAGAAAGUUGAAGAAUAAAAGGGUAGUGUGUAAUGCCACAAGCCAUUCCACCGUAAAGCUUAGUCGGGACAUCCCUCUCAUCCCCUGGAGUCAGCAACUGUUUAGACAUCUCGUCUACUUUUUAUGGCAUUAGAAUUUUGAUUUUUAUAACUUCAAGAAUCCUAACUACGUUCACCCGUUGUUUGUACGAGUAAUUGGUAGAUCACUUGAAAGAUUUUUACAUUAGGAUUCUUUUUAAGAAAAUCUCCUUUCCUAAUGGUUUUAUGUGCAGUUUGCAUGUUAAUGGAGGUCUGUUUACCUCCAGUGCGUACAAAAGACAGGUCCUUUUGAUUUUGUUUAUUUUUUUUUUUUUAUUUUCUCUAAGGUUGAAGUUGCUGUGCUCUUGACAUUGGCCAUGUAUUUUGGGUGCAGUGGAAGUGGCUUUAUAAGCCAGAGGUAAUUGGGGGCAGAGGUUAACGGAUGUUGUACGACUUGUGUGUAAACCAUUAUAGACAAACACAUAGUCUUAAGUGAUCACCAUUUUCAGUAUGUGCGGUAAGACUUAGAAUUUAUAUAUGAAAGUGAAUUAUGUAAAAAAGUGAAGAGGCCAAUUAUUUAGUCUUAAUAACCCACAUGCGACUGGUUUGUAGAACGCCGUUAAAAGGAACCCACUGUGUUAGCCGCUAAAGUGAAAAAAGCGACUGUCGAUAGGUACGCCCAACUUCUCUCUUCCUCCUGUAAGAUAGGAUUUUUUUAAUUCUGUCUGUUAUUGGAUUUGAGUCAUCAUUUUCUUAUUGUUUAAGGGGAGGAUGAUUAGGGUAUGAGGAGGAGUGGUGUUGGGUGAGGAAAGGACUUUUUGUAUAGUUUGUAUUAUGUAUUGUGAAUAAGGGGUGAAAUUUUUUGCUAGAGCAAAGAAAAUAUUAAUAGUGUAAAUUCUAGACGCAGUGAAAAUUAUUGUACCAGUAGAGCAUAAAAUUUGAUGGUACUUUUGUACUUUGAUGAACUAGACAGAAUAUUGUAUACCCAAAUCUAUUAAUAGAUCUUUUCUUAUUGCUCAUGUAGUAAAGGUUUUUCUUUUUUCAAUACUGCUGUAUCAAGUCUCUAGUUUCUUCAAUUGUUCCAUGACAUGUGCUUCUGCCUGUUAGGUAUAAGGCCUAAGCACCAAAAAUUUCUGUUGCAUUGAAAUGGGAUAUCAAUUGGGGGUUCCUGCAAUCUUCUCUAAUGAAUCGUAGAUUAGAUAAGAUUCAGUUUUGCAGAAAACCAAUCUGUUGCAGCAAGGAAAACACAAGUACUACAGUACCAUAUAUUUAACUAGCUGGUCUUCAUCAUGGCAUUAUUUUUUUUUAUUUUUUUGGUUUUUAAACAAGCUUUAUCAAUACUUUUAAAUUAUUCAUUUAUAUUGCAAAAGCACACAUUGAUUUUAAGUCAAAUUUUUAUGUAGAAAUUUUUUUAGUGCUGAUGCAGAUGGUUUUGGUGGAUUCCUCCACAUUUAAUUUAUAUAAAUUUUCAUAAUAUAUGCAGACUUCUCUUGGCAUAGGCAAUGAGCAAAAUUUCUGGUGCUUUGCUGUUUAUGAUAUCUUGAUUUGCCGUGUAAUAAAGGAUAUUAAGAAGUUUACACAUUGUAA